GGGGCGGGGCCGGGGGCGGUGAGGGGAAGGCAAGAUGGCGGUGCAGGCCGUGCACCUGGAGGCGGACGCGUUCCUGGUGUGCCUGAACCACGCGCUCAGCACCGAGAAGGAGGAGGUCAUGGGGCUCUGCAUCGGAGAGGUGGACACCAGCAGGAUCGUCCACAUCCACUCCGUGAUCAUCCUGCGCCGCUCCGACAAGAGGAAGGACCGCGUGGAGAUCUCCCCGGAGCAGCUCUCAGCUGCCUCCACCGAAGCAGAGAGGUUGGCUGAGAUGACAGGACGUCCCAUGAGGGUGGUGGGCUGGUACCACUCCCACCCCCACAUCACUGUCUGGCCCUCACACGUGGAUGUCCGUACACAGGCCAUGUAUCAGAUGAUGGACCAAGGCUUUGUAGGGCUGAUCUUCUCCUGCUUCAUCGAGGACAAGAACACCAAGACAGGCAGGAUUCUCUAUACCUGUUUCCAGUCUAUUCAGGCCCAGAAGAGCUCAGAGUACGAAAGGAUUGAAAUUCCUAUUCAUGUUGUCCCCCAUGAAACCAUUGGGAAAGUGUGUCUGGAAUCAGCUGUGGAGCUGCCCAAGAUCCUUUGCCAAGAAGAGCAAGAUGCCUACAGGAGAAUUCACAGCCUCACCCAUCUGGACUCUGUAACCAAGAUCCAUAAUGGCUCAGUGUUCACAAAGAACCUCUGCAGCCAGAUGUCUGCCAUCAGUGGGCCCCUCCUGCAGUGGCUGGAGGACAGACUGGAGCAGAACAAACAGCGGGUGCAGGAGCUGCAGCAGGAGAAAGAGCAGCUCCUGGAGGAACUCGCUGCUUUAGAGUGAGGAGGAAAUGCAGACCCUUCAGAAAAGAGACAUGUAAAAAAGUCUACACCACCUCCUCCAGGCUGAAGGGUGGCCCUGCAUUGCCUUACAGUGAAGGCUGUGCCUCUUCUCCUGCAGCACAGAGCACGUCUCCAGGAUAAGGACUUUGUCUGCCCCAGCUUGGAGCAAAGCAGGGCUGUGUCUGCAGGUGCUGCAGUGGGGGGGCUGGGCAGCACCUGAAGAGACUCCUGUUCUGGAGGGCACACGUAGGGAACAUGUUGUUUCUCCCUUCUCUAUAUUUUGACAGAAGUCUUACUGCUUUAUAUGUAUUCCAGGACCCUGGAACAGGAGGGUUAGAGGGGAAAAGUGUGUCUCUGCAGUCAUAUCUGAUGCUGCCAACUUCUGCCUUCUUUUAGUAGCUUCAGUUGACCAUGAUCUUAUAUCUAGUAAUGUUCUGGACUGCUGGCCAUCCACCCAGGCAGGUAAGAGGUGGGAGGGAAGCUUGGGAAGAAAGAGACCUGGAAGAACUUUGACACAGGAUCUGUUCAGCAUAUGUCAAACCAAAUAAAGAAUUCCAAAGCUAGAGCUGUUUGGAGUAGAAAUGAAAUGAAUGCUACGAAGUGCCAGUGCCUGCAGUUUUUGGUCCAUCUCUGCUCUCUUCAUGUAAUGCUGUUGUGAGCCCAGCACUGAGGUUCUCUGCGAAAUCAGCUGUUUCUGCUGCUUCAGUGACAGGACUGUGGUUCCUCCCCAGAGGGAAGAAGUUUAAGAUGCUGGGAAGAGAACUGGUAGAUAUACAAGCCUGUCGUUCUUAUACGCUGAACUUAAUUGUUAAAAAUCUCUUAAGACUGGAACAAAAUAGCUGUUGUUGAACUAA